UUCAGUCCAUUAGCAUAAAGAUGAAUAAGCUUCUCCAAACCCAUGAAAAAGACCUUAUAUCCUACAUGAACUACAAGAGCACGGGACAAGAUAGUGAUAUGCAACCUCUCCAGCCAAUUGUGGAGGAAGAUAAUCCAACGGGCUUUGAAGAUCAAAUGGAAGCUCUACUAGCUCGUCUCGAUGGAUCAUCCAAUAAUCGUAUUGUUAUUCCAAUUGUGGGGAUGUCUGGGAGCGGAAAAACUACAUUCGCUAAACAAAUCUUUCACGGUAGAAACAAACUGAAGACUACAUUUGUCCAUACCAUUUGGGUUCAUGUUUCACAAAACUUUGCCAGAAAACAGAAAUACAUUGACAUGUUAUAUGAAAUUACAAAGCAUCCGAGAGAUGAAUAUUCCAACAUACCUGAGAAUCAGUUGGAAGACAAAAUAAAGGAGCUUUUAAAGGAUAAAUAUUUCAUUGUGUUGGAUGAUAUAUGGGAAAAAAAUGAUUGGAACUCUUUAAAUAAGGCAUUGCCUGAAAACUCUAAAGGAAGCAGAGUUUUGGUGACCACCCGAUUUCGCGAAUUGGUUGAUACUGAUGAGGAACCUCAUGAUUUAAGAUCAUUAAACAAUGAGGAAAGUUGGGAGCUCCUGGAAAAGAUUAUUUUUGGAAAAGAUGGAUGUCCGAAUGAAUCAACAUUGAAAACUGUGGGAGAAGACAUAGUAAAAAGAUGCAAAGGACUGCCACUUUCUAUUGUAAUGGUGGGUGGCAUCCUACGUAGAAGUAGAUCUCUUGCUUACUGGAAACGUGUGGCUGAAAAUCCUAUUCAAGAAAUUAAUAAAAGAGAUAAAAGCUACCACAAAGUAGUGAGGUUGAGUUACGACCAUUUGCCUCAUGAGAAGUUGAGAAAUUGCUUCUUAUAUUUUGCAUCGUUUCCCAUGGGACAAGAGAUUGCUGCUUUGAAGUUGAUUCGUCUGUGGAUUGCUGAAGAAUUUAUUCCCUCAAUUGAUGAAUGGGGAUAUAGUUUGGACUUGGAAGAUGAAGCUGAGAAUUAUUUGAAAGAUCUUGUUGAUAGGAAUCUAGUGAUAGUAAUGAAAAGAAGUGCAGAUGGUCAAAUCAAAACAUGCCGCAUUCAUGACUCAUUGCACGAGUUUUGCAAAACUGAGGCUUCAAAGAAUAAUCUCUUCCACAUAAUAGAUGGGGAACAAAAGUUAGAUGCAAAUACUGUUUCAUCCCAUCGUCGUCGUCUUUGUUUCCACUCAUCAUCAUCAUCUGCCAAGAUAUUUGAUGUGGAAGAUGGUCCAUCUUGUUUGUUCCUCAAUUGCUACAACAAAAUGAAGAAGAAGAGUCCAUAUCCAUCUGGUGAACAUGUCCACUCUUUGUUGUUGUCUUCUUCACAAGAGAGUGAUAUUGAUUUGAAACAAGAGGAGCUGAUAGCUAUCCCGAAUGCCUUUCCACUUCUUAGGGUGUUAGACAUUGAAUCCUUCAAGCUUAGCUUCCAGCUACCUAAUGAGCUUUUUAGCUUGAAUCUUCUCAAGUAUCUUGCUAUCACAACUAAUGUCAAUCUCCUCCCCAAGGCAUUCAAAAAUCUUCGUGAGCUGCAGACUCUAGUGAUCAAGACCACAGAAGGAACAUUACUAGAAAUCAAUGGAGGCAUAUGGAAUAUGGAAAAGUUGAGACAUCUGCAAACCAAUGCCUCCAUGCAAUUACCUUCUCCUCAAAAUAGAUGGAAAAAUAAGAAUGGAAAAACAAAUAUUCGCACGUUGUCUUGGAUAUCACCAAGAAGUUGCCAGAAAGAGAUCUUCAGCAAGACUCCUCAUCUUAAAAAAUUGGGUGUUCGUGGGGAUUUAGUUGAGCUUUUGAAAAGAGAUGAGCAAGAAAUCUGUUUGUUCAACAAUAAUCUUCAAAUGCUAAAUUGUCUUGAAAACUUGAAGCUCUAUGGCCAGGAUGAGAAUGAAUUAAAGGUUCCGAUGUUGGACAAGUUUAGGCUGAGAAAGUUGACUUUUUGCCAAACCUUCUUUAAAUGGGAUGACAUGAAAAUAUUGGGAUCACUGGAAGAGCUGGAGGUGCUCAAGUUGGAUAAAAAUGCUUUCAGAGGGGAGCAAUGGGAUCUAAAAAGUAAUGUUGUUUUCAAUCAACUCCAAUAUUUGCGCAUUGGAAGGACGAACUUGAAAACUUGGACAAUUGUGGAGACUAGCUUUCCAGUUUUAGAAAAUCUAGUCCUCAGGAACUGCACCAAUCUAGAAGUAAUCCCAAUUGAGUUUGCUGAAGUACACAACCUUAAGGUGAUAGAACUAUAUCACAUGAGUGAAAAUGCAACCAAUUCCGCAUAUCGGGUAGAUAAGCAAAGACGUAACAACGAAAACAUCAAGGGAUUAUUGGACCUCAAAAUCACCCAUCUUCCGCCACAAACAACGGCGCAUGAGGAGCAAACAGAUGGCAAGGAAAAUGUGAAUACCAGUUCUAUUCCGCCGCCAUCACCAACGACACGUAAGGAGCAAACAAAUGGCGAGGAAAAUAUUAAUACCAGUGGAUUCGAGCUUCCCAGUUCCUCUAUUCCGCCGCCGCCGCCAACUUUGACAAAUAUGACGACUCCGGUGGUGGGAGAAGAUAAUUAUGUGGUGGGUUUUGGUGAUGAGGUGAAAAUGUUAAAGGAUCGUCUUUUUAGAGAAUCAAUGAAUUUGACAGUUAUAUCAAUUGUGGGCAUGAUAGGAGUGGGUAAAACUACAUUUGCCAAAAUGUUGUUUAAUGAUAGGGAGAUUGUAUAUGAGUUCUUCAGUCGUGGUUGGGUUAAUUUUCCCGAAACUUAUACCACAAGGCAAAUAUUCUUUGACAUUUUGAGGAGCUUGACAAUGACGAGUAGUAAUGAUUUUCAUGAAAUGUCGGAUAUAAACUUAGCUGAGAGAAUAUACAGGUAUUUGAAAGGUAGAAAGUAUUUGAUUGUAUUGGAUGAUGUGUGGAUAGAGGAUUGCUGGGAUGACGUGAAGAUUGUUUUUCCUAACGAAGGGAAUGGCAGUAGAAUCUUGGUAACUACUCGACACCUACAUGUGGCUUCAUAUAUUGAUUCUAGUGGUACCCCUCAUAAAUUAAAAGGUUUAAGUGAUGAAGAAUGUUGGGAGUUAUUAGAGAAGAAGAUUUUUGGAGGCUCAAGAUGCCCUGAUUCUUCUCUUGAAGCUGUUGGUAAGUCGAUAGCAAAGAAAUGUAAUGGAGUGCCACUUGUGGUGGGAACUAAGCUACCCUGAUGUGUGACCACUGCACGUUAAGUUG